AUGCAUCUCAACUACCACCGCUCGCUCUUGUCUUGGGGCAUCACCAACGCUGCCUACGAGCUUUUAAUGAAGGUCAUCAACGUGACCAGCAGCAUGGCGGCCGUGUUGGCAGGCACGGUGGAGGCAAGUCUGACCCCCUUUGAGAGGGUCCAGACGCUCCUCCAGGACCAGCGGCACCACGUCCGGUAUACAAACACUUUCCAUGCAUUCCGGACCCUGGUGCGGGAGAAUGGUAUGCGUGAGCUGUACCGUGGCACAGUGUCCAUCCUGCUGCGCAACGGGCCCAGCAACGCGGUAUCCAUCGGCCUCCGCGAGCCCAUCAAGAGCAGCUUGCCUCAGGCUGAGACCCACGUUGGCCAGCAGGUCACUGACUUUAUCUCUAGCGGCCUUCUGGGAGCCACGCUGGGCUCCUUGUAUUACCCACUGAAUGUGGUGAAGGCUCGCAAGCAGUCGCAGGUGGGUGGAGCCUUCCAAUCCACGUGGCAGGUACUGCGCACCAUCUGCAGCGAGCGGGGUGGUAAAUUGAGCCACCUAUACCGAGGGGCGCAUCUGAACUACCACCGCUCCCUCCUGUCUUGGGGCAUCACCAACGCUGCCUACGAGCUUUUAACGAAGGUCAAGUGAACUUCUGGAAAGUCGGGCGAGCCUCUCUUUUUAUUAUUAUUUAAAAAUUUAAAAAAAAAACGUCGUUCUGGAACUAUGACGUAAAAAUCACAAUCGUGCCACUAUAUAAAUAGCCAACUGACCUCAACCGACCACUGUCGACAUUUGAGCACAGGCGAUAAUUCAUCUGAAAAAGUUACCUGAGCUAACGAAGGUGACAUAUCUACGUCCAGCUUCUAGGUAAGGCAGUUUGCUAAGUAAACUAUUAAAUGGAGAGGUUUAUAAAGUAUCGCUCGAACUCUUUUGAGGGACUUUGCUGUGUUGCAACGGCGCUAUGUCAAAAUAAUGGGAAGAAUACUGUCUCCGGAGAUGAUCGCUUCUGAUUACAAUUCUCUCCGGAUUGACUCCUUGACAAUAUCGCCAAACACAGGAUAUUAGAUAAUUUAAUAUUUCCCAGUUUACCGACGUGUAGGAUGAGGGCUCGGUGCUCGGAGCUGGCCUGACAAAACGUGAAAGAGAAGGCCGUUCUGUAAGGUGGUGGGAUGGCCAGCGCCGGCGAAAAUGUGCUCUUAAAGCACUUAAAGUGCGCACAAAGCCAGCAACUUUACGCCUUCAAACGCUGCUGUGCCCCCCCCAGUUCGUGUCAGGAA